AGGCGCGGGCUCCCCUGUCACGUGGGGAGGGAGCACGCUCUACGCGCUGGCCUCGCGCGGCGGCGCGCAGGCGCAUGGCGGGGCGCGUCGCGCGGCGAUCGUGUGGCGGCGCGGCCGGGCUCCCGGAGCGCAGCAGAGCGGCCAUGUCGGGCGCGGGGGGCGCGGCGGGCUCGGCCCGCAAGCGGCUGCUGAAGGAGGAGGACAUGACCAAGGUGGAGUUCGAGACCAGCGAGGAGGUGGACGUGACCCCCACCUUCGACACCAUGGGGCUGCGCGAGGACCUGCUGCGCGGCAUCUACGCCUACGGUUUUGAGAAACCAUCCGCUAUUCAACAGAGAGCGAUCAAGCAGAUUAUCAAAGGAAGAGAUGUGAUUGCACAGUCACAAUCUGGAACAGGCAAAACAGCAACAUUUUGCAUCUCUGUUCUACAGUGUUUGGAUAUUCAGGUCCGUGAAACCCAGGCAUUGAUCUUAGCACCAACUAGGGAGUUGGCAGUACAGAUUCAAAAGGGCCUUCUUGCUCUUGGUGACUACAUGAAUGUGCAGUGUCAUGCCUGUAUUGGAGGCACAAACGUUGGUGAAGAUAUCCGGAAAUUGGAUUACGGACAGCAUGUUGUUGCUGGCACACCAGGCCGUGUGUUUGAUAUGAUUCGUCGUCGAAGUUUAAGGACUCGUGCUAUCAAAAUGUUGGUUUUGGAUGAAGCUGAUGAGAUGCUCAAUAAAGGUUUUAAAGAACAGAUUUAUGAUGUGUACAGAUACCUACCCCCAGCUACUCAGGUGGUUCUGAUCAGCGCUACCUUGCCUCACGAAAUCCUGGAGAUGACCAAUAAAUUCAUGACUGACCCAAUCCGCAUCUUGGUUAAACGUGAUGAAUUGACUCUGGAAGGAAUCAAACAGUUUUUUGUGGCCGUGGAAAGGGAAGAAUGGAAGUUUGAUACGCUGUGCGAUCUGUACGACACACUCACUAUCACGCAGGCUGUCAUCUUCUGUAACACCAAGAGGAAGGUUGACUGGCUAACGGAGAAGAUGAGAGAAGCCAACUUCACAGUGUCAUCAAUGCAUGGUGAUAUGCCACAGAAGGAGAGAGAAUCCAUCAUGAAAGAGUUCAGAUCCGGGGCAAGCCGCGUGCUUAUUUCUACAGACGUUUGGGCCAGGGGCUUGGACGUUCCUCAGGUGUCCCUGAUCAUUAACUACGACUUGCCCAACAACAGAGAACUGUAUAUACACAGAAUUGGUAGAUCAGGUCGGUAUGGCCGAAAAGGUGUUGCCAUCAACUUUGUAAAGAAUGAUGACAUCCGUAUCCUGCGUGAUAUUGAACAGUACUACUCUACCCAGAUUGAUGAGAUGCCCAUGAAUGUUGCUGAUCUUAUUUAAAGAAGCAAGACAUGCUGAAGACCAGUAGAAGGGGAGAGCUCCAUUUUAGACUUUACUUUACAAGGAGUCAGUCUUGUGUGCUAUUUUUAUUUAACCGUAAAAUUUGUGAAGUCCCUUAGAGGAACGUUGCCAUUUUCUUGAUGUAAUCUGCAAAUUAGGAUUUGUGUAAAUAAUGUGUUCACAUCCAUUCUACCUUUUUUCAAUUAAAAUUUUACCACAAACUC